AUGAAGCUGAAAAAAUCAUCUGAUAAGAAAUAUGUUCCUCUUAGUAGCUAUGAGAUUUUCUUUGCUUCUCUACUUGCAAUUUUUGUGUGUGUUUGUGUUGGACUGAUUGUACUGUCUUGGUUAUCAAUCCAGGAGUUGGAACGAGCUGAAGCAGAUGUGAAUACUCAUGGCUAUAUGGGAAUAUUUAAAAUAGCCUCUGGUACAUCUUUCACUUCAACCUUACAAAACAGUUCGUCAGCUGAUUUCAAAGUCCUUGCCUUUGAUGUCGAAAAAUUGAUACAAAAUAUCUUUCAAGAAAGUGAUCUGAAAUACAAAUUUGAGAGAUGUGAAAUUUCCCAGUUCAAGAAAUCUGAAGAUGACCAUGACAGAUUGACAUCAGAGACCAGGGUGGUUGUGAUCUUCACCCUUUACUUUACCCAGAUGGUAACAGUUGAGAAAAUAAAAAAUGAGCUGGUUUUGGGUGUCAUUGCGAAUAAUCCUAAUCCUGCCAAGGCUUUGAAAAUUGAUGUGAACAGCAUACAAAUCACAGUAGCUGCUGAAAAUCCUACUACAAUGAUGCCUUUAACCUCAUCAGGUCAGUGCUCCCAGAGAGCAAGAAGUAGAGUUGUAACCUUGAGCUGUGUUUGUCCAGGUUCAGGACAAGUCACCACAAGCAAGUCCUCAACAACAGUGGCUGAGUGUUUGCCACCUGCUGAACUCUGUGCUGAUGGUGCAACCUGCAUUAGUGAAGAUUUCUUUUGUGAUGGAAUCUUGAACUGCCCAGAUGGUUCAGAUGAAUCUGAAAAAAGAUGUGCUGCAGUUUGUGAUGGAAAAUUCAUGUUGACUGGUUCCUCUGGGUUUUUUUACUCUAUGAAUUAUCCAAAGCCAUAUAAUGAAAACAUUGUUUGCCAAUGGAUAAUAGUAGUGCCUCAAGGGUUGUCCAUUAAACUGAACUUCACUUCUUUUGAAACACAACCAUAUGCAGACGUGCUGAGUAUUUUUGAAGGAUUAGGACAAAAUAAGGUUUUAAGAGCUUCUCUGUCAGGGACCAAUCUUGAAACAAUUUACAUUUUUUCUAAUGAGGCUACAGCACAAUUUAUGUCUGAUUAUUCAGAGAAUUAUAAUGGCUUUAAUGCAACAUACACUGCAUUUAAUGCGAGUGAACUGAACAAUUAUGAGAAAAUCAAUUGCACUUUUGAAGAUGGCUUUUGUUUCUGGAUACAAGAUUUAGAUGAUGAUUCAGACUGGGACAGAGUUCAGGGUCCUACCUUUCCCUUGAUAAGUGGUCCUGAAUUUGAUCAUACAUUUGGCAACUUGUCAGGAUUUUAUAUUUCAACACCCAUUGGACUUGGAUUCAUAGAAGAGCGAGUCCGAAUUCUGAGUUUGCCUUUGGUCCCUUCAGAUACAUAUUGUCUAAGCUUUUGGUAUUUCAUGUAUGGGGAUAAUGUUUACCGUUUAAGAGUUAGCAUAAGUGAUGAGCAUGGUCAGGAAAGGAUAAUUUUCGAGAAAGAAGGAAACUAUGGAAACAACUGGAAUUAUGGACAAGUAACUUUAAAUGAAACAUCUGAUUUUAAGGUUAUUUUUGAUGCCUUUAAAAGGCGUGGUCCCAGUGAUAUUGCCGUGGACGACACUGGCCUGACCAAGGGAAAGUGUAAUGAAGACAAUUAUGUAGAGCCAACUGUGAGGCCAACUGCUGCUACCACCCCAUUAGUUCCUACUGACUGUGGAGGGCCAGUUGAACUCUGGGAGCCAAACAGUACAUUCAGCUCUGCAAACUUUCCAAACAACUACCCUAAUUUAGCUUUUUGUGUGUGGUACUUGAAUGCUGAAAAUGGAAAAAACAUCCAACUUCAUUUUCAGGUUUUUGAUCUGGAAAGUAUUCAUGAUGUGGUUGAAAUCAGAGAUGGCAGAGGACCAGAUUCCUUACUUUUGGCUGUCUACACAGAGAAAGGGCCACUGCCAGAUGUCUUCUCUACAACAAACCAGAUGACAGUGAUCCUCCGGACAGACAAGUCUUCAACAGGGAAGGGAUUUCUUGCAAACUUUACUACUGGCUACCAUCUGAGGGCUUGCACAGUUGAAGAGCAUCAGUGUGGUAGUGGGAAAUGCAUCCCAUUGCAAAACCUGUGUGACAACAUACCUCAGUGUGAAGAUGGCUCUGAUGAAGCAAAAUGCAUGAGAUUACUCAAUGGCUCUCUGAGCACUGAAGGGCUGGUACAGGCCAGGGUUGGGAAGAUGUGGCAUCUGGCAUGUGCAGAUGAUUGGAGUGGAGAGAUUUCAGACAGUGUUUGCCAGCUGCUGGGGUUGGGGGAUGCAAAUAUGUCAUCAGCUGUAUUAUUCACUGGAGAUGGCCCAUUUGUCAACAUCACCAAAGGAGGUAACCACAGCCUAAUUUUUACAAAAAGAGAACACUGUUUGGACAACCUGGUGGUUCAUCUGCAAUGUAACAUUCAAUCUUGUGGAAAACACCUGGUAACUCAGAAUAAUGGAACAAGAAUUAUAGGUGGAAAUGAUGCCAGAAAAGAGGCUUGGCCUUGGAUAGUUUCACUCCAUUUUAAUUUCCAACCCGUUUGUGGAGCUUCCCUUGUCAGUGACGAGUGGCUGGUGACAGCAGCACACUGUGUCUAUGGGAGACAACUAAAGCCAUGCCGCUGGCAAGCGGUUCUUGGCUUGUACAGUCAGUCAGAUCUGGCACAGCCUCCAGCAGCAGUCCGAAACAUCGACAGAAUAAUUAUAAAUCCUCAUUACAUGAAGCAGACAAAAGACAGUGAUAUUGCUCUGAUGCACCUUCAACACAAAGUGCAGUAUACAGAUUACAUACAACCUAUCUGCCUACCAGAAAAAAAUCAACAGUUUUUACCAGGAAUUAACUGCUCCAUUGCUGGCUGGGGAAAUAUUAGGAAUGAAGGUCCCUCUUCAAAUAUAUUGCAAGAAGCAGAGGUCCCUCUCCUUUCUAAUGAAAAAUGCCAGCAAUGGAUGCCAAAAUAUAAUAUUACUGAGAAUAUGCUCUGUGCAGGAUAUGACAUGGGAGGAAUAGAUUCCUGCCAGGGGGAUUCAGGUGGCCCUCUGACAUUUGAAGAUGGGGACAAGUGGUUUUUGGUUGGUGUAACAUCAUUUGGAGAAGGGUGUGCACUUCCCCAACGACCAGGAGUGUAUGUUCGAGUCACCAUGUUUGUGGACUGGAUCAAAAACAUCAUCUACUAA